GUGUGUGUGUUUAAAAAAGUAACCCAAGGUACACGGAAUCGAGCGAGAGAUGCUUCCUUGUUUUCAUGUGUGUUUUCUGAAAACAUUGGCUCUCAAAGGCUCCAGGAAGGAGAAGUAAAUCCGCUCGACACACGCCGAGUCAUUGGCUCAGCUUGAAAGUGCUUUCAUGAGUUAACACUGGGCCCAGAUCCACCCUUCAGUCCUUGCAGCCAAGCGAUCUGCUGCUGAGCAAUGGGCCAAAAAAUCUCAGGGAGCAUAAAGUCUGUGGACGUGCGGGAGCCCCCUUACCGACCCGUCAAACGAGAACUGAGGGGGCCGGAUUUCUGCAAGCCCGCCCGGCUGGAUAUGCUGCUGGAUAUGCCCCCGGCCCAUUUGGAGGUCCAGUACAAACAUGCUUGGAACAACGAAGAUCGAUCCUUAAAUAUAUUUGUGAAGGAAGACGACAAGCUAACCUUUCAUAGACAUCCGGUUGCCCAAAGCACAGACUGCAUCCGGGGGAAAGUUGGCUAUACGAGGGGCCUGCAUGUCUGGCAGAUUCACUGGCCCACCAGGCAGCGAGGGACACACGCUGUAGUUGGAGUGUCAACAGCAGAAGCUCCUUUACAUUCUGUAGGAUAUACAUCAUUGGUUGGUAGCAAUACUGAAUCGUGGGGCUGGGACCUUGGACGUAACAAACUAUAUCACAACUGUAAAAAUCAGCCUGGAGUGACAUAUCCUGUGUUUUUGGAACCCGAUGAGGCUUUUGUACUCCCGGACUCUUUACUGGUGGUUUUGGAUAUGGAUGAAGGGACGCUUAGCUUCAUCGUGGAUGGACAGUACCUUGGAGUGGCCUUCAGGGGACUAAAAGGGAAAAAACUCUAUCCUGUCGUCAGUGCAGUAUGGGGGCACUGUGAAAUUACAAUGAGAUACAUCAAUGGACUUGAUCCGGAACCCCUGCCUUUAAUGGACCUGUGCCGAAGAUCAAUUCGCUUCGCUCUAGGCAGAGAACGCCUGCAUGAUAUAGAAACUCUACCUUUGCCUCAGUCUCUGAAAAAUUAUUUACAAUAUCAAUAAUAUGAUUCUAGAUCUCUAAAUGGUAGAAAUUGUUUACAUCAGAAUAUAUUUCUUCAUGGUGAAUAUUUUGAGUGUUAUUUAAUAUUUUUUUUAAUAUUUUUUUUUAAUCAACCAUGGCAGAACAUUAUGGAGACUACUAAGGACUGUGAACACUCUUUGAAUUGGUUUAGUUCUUUCAGUUAAAUUAAAUGUUGCCUACACUGUUAGCAGCCUUGUUAUGCAGAAUCCAAAGCUUGUCUUCACAGAUCAGAUCCAAAGUUGAAAUUAUGUUGGCCUAGAUCCGGUGUUGGACAUGCACCAGAUAAAGAUAUAACUUUCCAGGAGCAGUCCUUAUGCAAGAAAAAGAUCCCUUUGUACAGGUUGCUGUAUGACUAGUUAAUGAAAUAACCACUCUUUGGAAGUUUCUCAAAACUCAGAAUUAUAACUCCACAUGGAGAUUUAAUUGGUAGAUAUGCAAAGUAAUUGUAAGUCCUGUAGAACUUUGGCUGUGGCCCCAAACUCUUCAGGCAUAGGGACUACUUGUUCUCACUCGUGAAGGAAAAUGCUCCAGUGUGCACACCAGAUUCUCAUGUGCACACUAUAAGGGAAUGGGAAACCCUUGUGCACAUGGAGUGGGGCUGCAUUGGAACUGCUAGAUUGUGGCCUUUACUUUUAGGUGCUCAGCCUUUUCAGAAAACCAUGUUCUUUUCAGAAAAACAGUUCACCACCUGCCAUAUUUUAAAUUACUUUAUAGAACAGCUGUGUCUUUAUUUUAAAGAUAGUUGAUCUUUUCUGAUGCAAUUUGGCUCAGUCUGCAAACCAGUUAAGCUGGCGUACUUGACCUUAAGCAUUUUUGUUUUUGUUUUAUUGCUUCAGUGGGAUGGGAUUUGCUCAAAUCGGUGUUCUCUAGCUUAAAUAUGUAUCAAUUCUUAUCCAUUGUUUCAUUCUUUCUUCUCUAAUGAUGUCAUUUUAAAAAUUGUUCAUAUCUGUAUUUCAUGAAUUCCCAAAGAUGGAUUUUCUUUUAAUGUGUAUGUGACACAAGGAGGGCAGGGUGGUGGUGGUGGUGGUGGUGGUCAUGUGAACCUCUUCAUGCUUUCAACAAGCAGACAGAGGGACUCUUAGAGCCAUGUGAACAUGUACUGCCCAGCACCAGAACCACACACAACCUUCCCCCUAACCUGAUGAAUUUCUGAUGGACUCUUGUGAGAAUGAGUUAUCUGCGUAUACCUCUGUACACACAGAGAAGUCAUUCAUGAGCGAUUGCCAGUCAUUCAUCAAGGGAGCCGGAGAAGGCAGCAUGCAG